UACAGUACAGCCGCUCCGGGAAAGCUUGUCCGGAAGCAAAGUAGUACAAACAUUGUAAAUUAAUUCCGAAAUAUCCAAAAAAUCAAUCAAAGUCCCUCGAGAGCAUCGUCGCGUGCGUUGUCCUCGCUGCUAUUCAUCCGCUUCCGUUCAAAACAUCGACAAAACCAUGCCAAUGCACUCAAAACACAUCCCCGACUAUCCCGAGCCCCUCCCCGACUACACUGAGGAGGAACUCCAGGCCAUGUCAAACGAAACGUUCAGAGAAUGGCAUGCAAAUUUUCGCCAGCACUGUGCAAAUGCCGACGACUACUGGAAUGCUGUUUUCGCUGCUGGAUACGACCCUGCUGAUAUCCAGCUCAGUGAUGACACCGAUGGAGAUGGCCACAGCAAUCGUGAGGGCUCACCUGACAGUCUCAGUGAGUUUCUCUUGUACGACCCCACCCGUGCUCCCACCAAUGGAGCUGCGAUUGCUGUGAUACCCACCAACACUACCGAGAGGUCGGUUGCCGAUGAAGGUGGAGCGGACAAAACUGCCAAAGAGCGGCUUGUGCUCCGCAUCCCCUCACUCUCAACCAGGAAACGGAUGCACGGGAACUUGAUAAUGGACAACCAGGACGCCAGUACAGCACCCCACUUGCCCCAGCCCACCUCCGGAGCCCUGCCAGAUGCUAAGAACGACAGCCCGAUCAAGAAAAAGACGAAAACUGAAGUCGUACCUCAAAAAUCCACGCACCAAGUGCUCCCAGCUUCAAAACCUGUCUCGUCUACACGAAAGGGUCGCGGACGGCCCCCGAACCCAAGCACAGCCGCUCUCAGCUCAGCAGUGAAGGCCCCAGACACGUUCACUGUUUCGCUAACGGUGGAGGUCAUCUUGUAUCCGAAGGAGGAGAAGGGGAGGGGCGGUCGGGUGAAGUUUAAGGAGCAGGAUCCCCUUAGGUAUGGUCCUAAAGUUAUCACUCAGGAGGCGGCUGCGUCGUGGGAGGGCUUUCUCGAAAUGCUAGCCCGUUUGGUCCAAACGAAGCCCGACAACCUGAUCGUAGCGUCAAUGGCCUGGAAAUGGCUGAAAGAGAGGGGUAGUGGGCUUCCGCUCACCAGUCCGGAUGGUCUGACGACCAUGGUGGGGCAAAUCAAAGCGAAUGCCACUCCUUCUACCGUGGUGGUUGUGACGAUGAAUCCCCCAAAGAAAAAUGCGAAGCUCCUAAAGGCCACAAGAGCACUCUCGCUCGACAAGACCCUGCAGCCAAUCGUGCAACAGCUGCAGGAACAGUAUCCAAUUGGGCAAUGCCCGGCGCACCCUGACGUUCAUUGCUUCUUGUACGCACCACUGAACCUCCACUAUGAGUUGACAUCCGCGCGUGUCCGGGUGUGGGCUCACGCAAUUAGCCGGAAGGAGACUGAUGCUCACCGGAUCCCUUUCGGUGCUCCAUUCUUCAAGAAGGAGGAUGGUCGGAAGUUGACUGGGACUCCGACAAAGCAUGCAGCCCCCACCGAAACCUUCGGAGGAGCUCAAUUCCCAGGGGCCAGCUACGGAGGACCUGGCUUUGGUGCGCCGGUACCCUUUGCUAUGCCGUAUGGUGCAGGAUGGAACAUGGGUCACGGUAUGAUGCCACAGGCUUACCAUCUCGGCGGCUACGGAGCACAUGGCGCACCGCAGAUGCACUACGCCGGUAACCCCUAUCACCAGGAUGGCAAUGGUAAUUCGGGCUUCAGUUACGAGGCGAACUCGGGUAAUUACGAGGUGGGGACUGGGCCUGACCAGUGGUUCAAUUGA